AUGGAGAAAGAGAAAGAAAUACACGUAAAGAAAUAUGAUGACAUAUUUGAAGAGCUACAAAAGAAAGUGAAUUUGAGAGAACAAGAACUGAAUGAGCAGUAUGAGAGAUUUGAGGAGCAGAAACAAAAAGUAAAAGCAUUAGAAGAGCAACAGCGUGCAGAAAGGGAAGAACGUUUAAGAUCAAAAAUGAAAGAAAUGGAUAAGAAGAGAGAGGAAGAGAGAGAGAUUGUAAAAAGAGAAAAAGAACUAAAUCAGAUGAGAUCAAAACCAGAGAACCUACGACAAGAUUACAAAUUGCUCUGUCAGAAAUUGAAAGAACGUUUUGAUAGAAAAGACCAUUCACACAUUAUUCGAAGACAACUAGAAGAGGUUAAGCAGAAUCCAGGAGAAACAAAAAAAGGAUUUGCUGAGCGCAUUGGAGAACUUGCAACUUAA